UUACAUAAGCACCGUUUACAACCGCGGCAGCUACAAAUUUCUGCAAAGUUACGAUUAUUUUGCGAUUGUACUCUAUUUUAGGCCUGACAUCUUUGUAGGAAGAAGUAUUUUGAAGGUUGUACAAAUGCAUGGCAGGCAAGUCUUUGCUGCACCAGUUUGGCUGGCGUCGACGUGAAUAUAAAGUAGAGAAAGUUGCAGCUAAUUUUGCUGCACAGUCUGUAGUGAUGGAAGGCAGUUUCAGAAAACAAGGGAGUUCUGAUAAUGAGCCACCAUCAAAGAAAAGGAAGACUGAGGAUGAAUUUGAAGGAGAUGAACUAUGGGAUGACAGUAUGGAAUUUACCCAAGCUGACCUUGAUGAUAUAGAAUUGCAAGCUUCACAGGCCAUCACACACACAAAACCUGAAGCCAUUGGUUCCAUGCAUGAGUCUUCUCAUGAGGCUAGACAACCUCACCAACCAGCAGGAACUUUCCUCAAGCCUCAACUGUCCCGUUCGUCGUCGUCCUCUGCCUCGUCCAGUAUGAACGGAGGAAAUCCUUCUGUUCAUAAUGUCUCGGGCAAUUCAGUACACAAUAGUUCACAUGGCUCGUCUCAUAGCAACAGUCUGUCUCGUUCCAGUCAUUCGUCAUAUCCUGGUUCACUUACUGGAUACUCCAGCACAAGUUCCUCUAGUGUAAAGUCAGGUUCAUCAAUAGAACAUACUCGAGGCCAUUUAUCAGGAUCUUUGUCAAGGCUCAGUUCUGGUUCCCUUGAUAUUACAGGAAGUAUGUUAAGUGGAAACCAGUCAAGUGUUAUAGAAAUAAACAAGAUGAAACAAGAAUGUGCGGCCCUCAAACUUCAGGUAGAGAAGAUGAAAGAAGAAGUUUGUGUUAAAGAAGGUGAGAAUAAAUUACUGCGAGAUAACCUCACUAAGAGAGAUACAGAACUGGAUACUUUAAAAACUGAGAAAAUCAGCCAAAUACAUCAACAGAAUGUUCAACAGACUGAGAAAGAAAAGUCUAUGCAGACGGAGCUCACACGGCUUCAGACACAACUUCAGUUUAAGGAGCAGGAGGAAAGAGGACUGUCAGACAGGGUGAGAGAGUUAGAGUCUCAAUUGAGAGGUUUGCAAGCAGCUGGACCUUCUACCUCACAGGCAUUUCCAGAGUCACAGAGUGUCAGUCCAAAACCUCGAAAAAUAUUGGUAGAGGAAAGGUCACCUAAAGGUCAAUCAGGGUUUCCUUCAAAGAAAACAUUCAUGGCAGAAGAGGUUUCCCCACAGAAGAAGGUGGUGAAGGUCAUUCAACCAUCUGUAGGGGUCAAGGUCACUCAAAAUGUGGAGGUGAAGGUCAGUCAGUCUGGAGAUAACAUGGAUAGUUCACAAGGUGGAAAACAAACAAAAGCCUCAAGUAUGAAGGGAACCAGGAGGAAGUGUAGGAUAUCACUGUGUGUUGGAGGAUAUAGAUCGUCUGGUUCCCAGCUUGUAGGGCGGUUACUGAACAUAACACCAAGCUCAACAGGAAGUGUGAGUGAGCGAGGCAUUGUGGGUUUGCUAAACACUCCAUCAACUAGUGCCACCUUGUGUAAUGUUCAGUUUGACAGGGAUAAAGAUACAAGUCUGCUGUCCCCAGUCAGAGGGAGAAGGUUAUCAGACCUUCAAAGUCUUGUGUCUCAAUUUGACAAACCAGACAUGGUGAGACUGGUUCCGGUUGAUCAUUUCAGUAUGGCUGUUCAAGGACUAUCAAACCUUCUAAAACCAUGGAAUCAGUCUAAUGAAAACUCAAAAUCUGAUUGGUCAAUUCAAAAUCAAAUGAGACCAUGUGACCAGGGUGAUGCUGCAUAUUCAUUGACUAGACAGUCUGAUUUAGAAGAUGCAGUUUUAAUAUUACCACUGAUUAGUGAUUAUUUAAGACAUUACAUUGAAAUGCUUGAAUCGAUGUUCGAGACUUCUACAUCAUCUACGGGAACUAACUCUUCAAGUUCACCAGAUAGUUUUGACACCUCAUCAGAAUCUCCUACUGGAUCUUUUAGCAUGUUUCUAAAAAGUACAGCAAAUUUUGCUAAUGACUUAGAAGGUUUGACUAUAGCCUCUCUUAAGACACUGCAUACAUUGUUGUCUUGUGUUGGUGUAAGACAGAUUUUACUUGAGAUAGAUUCCAGGCAGAUACAGGUAGAUGUAGAAUGUGCUGAAAAUGAGCCAAGCAGUGAAACAGAAUUUCCAAUUAAAGAUUCCUCAUCAAAGUUCACUCACAUACCUCGGAAAUAUAUCAUCAAACUGAACAUAUUAAAAAAGGUGCUUAGAUUGUCAAACCCAGGAACCAAGGUAAAAUUACUUCAUAUAUAUGCAGUUUAUAUAUUUAUUCUAAUCAGUCACCAUGAUUGUGCUGUUGGUAGUUUUAGCUCAGGAAAACAGCAGUAA